UCAUAAACACACAGAUACAGACACAGUCACAGUCACAGUGCCCUUUCAUACCACAUUUCACUGCUCUUCUACUUCUCACUUCUCAGGCAACUCCUCCUCGUCUUCUAAAUUGGUAACUGUCAAGAAGACUCAAGAGCCUUACCCUUUUGAACGCUGAAAGUUUUUACAUUGCCCUGAAAAAUAAUGUGUAUUCCAUUGGCCUAAUUUUUGGGUCCCAUGUGUGCCUAAAACUAAAAGUAUUCAAUCCCAGACCCAUUAUUCUCAACCUCAAUCCCAGUUGAAAAUAACAAAAAAAGACACCCUUUUUCUUCUUCUUUCUUUAUAGUCCAAUUUUUUUGUAAACCCAAUUCUUCACUUGAUUAGGUCAUAACCUCAUGACUCUUAUUCUAUUCAAGUAAUCACCGGUCUCACAUAUGUAAAACAUGUUAUGGGCCCAAAAAGUGAGAGCUUGGGAUAUUUCUGGGAUGCUCAUGUCUAUAUUCUUCGGCGGCCCUCUUGAAUUUCUGGAACUUUGACUGUCUUUUCAGCAUAUUCAGAUAUGCUUAAACAGGAUAUGUAUAUACUUGAAUGGCCUUUCCUGCUAUGUAUCUCUAUUGGGUUUUUGCUACAUUCCCUGGUGGUUGGGCAAAUUCCCUUGGGCUCAAAAGUUUCUGUAGUUGACAACAACUUUUGGAUCUCAUCCAAUGGUGAUUUUGCACUUGGAUUCUUUAACACUUCAGAUCAGCCUAACCAGUAUAGUGUAGGAAUCCGUUUCAAUUCAGAUUCUAUUCCAGUUAGCAAAAGGGAGGUGGUGUGGGUUGUAGGAGCUGAUGUCACGGUCGCUAAUAAGUCUUAUUUUCAGCUUAAUCAGUAUGGAGAACUGGUUUUGUUUGAUUCCUUUAAGGGUCAAAAUGUAUGGACUAGCCAAACAAGCAAGUUAUCUGUUGUCUCAGCUGAUCUUCGUGAUGAUGGAAAUCUUAUCCUACUGAACAGAAAGAAAGAUGUUGUUUGGCAAAGUUUUAAUACUCCGUCUGACACGCUUCUUCCAGGACAGACCUUAUCUGUUCCUCAAAUACUUCGAGCUGCAAGCCGUAAUUCUAUGUCUAGUUACUUCAGUCUCUAUGUAAAUGCUUCAGGUCAGUUACAACUAAGGUGGGAAAGUCAUGUUACCUAUUGGACAAGUGGAAGCCCCAUAAGUUCAAAUAUCACUGCUUCCCUUACCUCAAGUGGAGCGCUGCAAGUCCGUGACCAAAGAUUGAAACCUGUUUGGUCAGCGUUUGGAGAAGAUCACGGUGACGUUGUACAAUACCGGUUUCUUAGGUUGGAUGUUGAUGGUAAUCUUCGGUUAUUCUCAUGGGUAGAAGCAUCACAGGCUUGGAAGUCCGUCUGGCAAGCUGUUGAGAAUCAGUGCAAUGUCUUUGCAACCUGUGGAGAAGGUGGCAUCUGCGUCUUAACUGCAGCAGGGUCCUCUAACUGUAUAUGUCCUUUUAAGGUUACAACAGACUCUAACUCAAAAUGUGUGGUUCCGUAUCGGGAAGAUUGCAAAUCAAUUUUCAACAUGGUUAGGUAUGAUCACACCAAUCUAUAUGGGCUAUAUCCAAAAGGUUAUUCAGUUAUCCAAUCCAGUUUACAUCAAUGUGAAAGCUUGUGCCUGAAUGAUACAUCUUGUACAGUUGCAACAUUUGCAAAUAAUGGAACUGCACAAUGCUGGCUGGAGAAAACUCAAUACAUCACCGGUUAUUCAGACCCCUCCUUAAGUUCUGUAUCUUUCGUCAAGACAUGUUCGGAUCCUUUGGCUGUUAAUCCCAAUCUCAUGGUAACCUCCCCUGCACAAUCUUCACCCAUUCAGUCUUAUGAAUUUUGCAUUCCUUGCCUAAUUGGAGUCGCCUCGGGCACAUUAGUUGUUUUUAUUUUAAUUCAGUUGGGAGUUGUUUUCUGCAUCUACCGAAGAACCUCUAGUAGGAAGAAAGCAGCUUUAGCUUACACACAUAACUCAAGUGGUUUAAUUGUGUUAUCCUUCUCUGAAAUCAAGGACCUCACUGAGAAUUUCAAGCACCAAAUGGGGCCAGAGAUGUUCAAAGGUGUGCUAUCAAACAACCGACCAGUUGCAAUCAAAUGCCUGAAAGCAAACAUAGAAGAAAGAAAAUUUCGUACUGUAGUUUCAAAAUUAGGAAGCUUUCAUCACAAAAACCUUGUGAAGUUGGAGGGCUAUUGUUGUGAAGUAAGUCACAGGUUUUUGGUUUAUGAAUAUGCAAAGAAUGGUUCUGUGGAGAAAUAUGUUGAAGAUUCUAAAUUGAGUAAGAUGCUGGCCUGGAGAAAGAGAGCUGACAUAUGCUUAAGUGUGGCAAGGGCUGUUUGUUAUUUGCACACAGGGUGUAGGGAGUUUGUUAGCCAUGGGAAUUUGAAAUGUGAGAAUGUUCUUUUGGAUGAAAAUUUGGAGGUCAAGGUCACUGAAUUUGGGCUUUGGAGAGUAAAUGCAGAGGCAUCAGGCUGUGGAUUUUCUGCAGAAAGAGAUGUGAUGGAGUUUGGCAACAUGGUGUUGAGAUUGAUUAGUGGGUGUCGAGAUGUCAGGGACCUUUGUGAGUGGGCUUAUAAGGAAUGGAUGGAGGGGAGGGCAGAGAAUGUAGUGGAUAAAGCUAUUGAUGGUGGGAUAAAUUUGCAGGAGCUGGAGCGUGCAUUGAGAAUUGCAUUUUGGUGUCUUCAAAGCAACAAACGUAUGAGACCUUCAAUGGGAGAGGUGGUGAAGGUGUUAGAAGGCACAUUGACAGUUGAUCCCCCACCUCCUCCUUUUUCUUGCCAGGGGCCACUAGAAAUAGAAGAGUUAUUGGUGUAAUGCUUGGAAUCAAGAGUCAACUGAUCUUGUGGAUUUUUUA